GUCUACAACCAUUUCCAUGACAACUCCAGAGGUGUAAACAUUUGCUUUCCAAGACAAGAAGCUCACAGCUCAUUGCUAUCACUUUAAGACAAUGGAGAAAAUACGUCUCAAUAAAUCAUCUUUAGAAGCAGUGGAUGACUACUGGGAGUACACACGGAUUGUGGGGGGUGAUGAUGGAGGUAAACUGUUCACUCCAGAGCAAUAUGAGGAGUACAAGAGGACAGUGAUCCCUCAGCGAAUGAAAAACAGGCUUUAUGUAAGCUUUGGAGUGCCAGGAAGUAUUGAUUGCAAACUCAUCGGCCCUGAAACACAGUGCUUUUGUAACCAUAGGUACAAAGAACAUAGGACAGAAUUUGAAGUGGUUCCAACUGAGCGUCCCCUGGCUCUACCUUGCCGGGUCAGAGGAUGUAAUUGUGUUGCCUAUCAGUAUGUUCCCCGGAUUGGGCAAAACCCCGUACGCUGCAGGUGUAAACACUUACCUGAAGACCAUAAUGAAGCUACUGGGCACUUGUGCAAAAGUGUGAGUCAGAAAUCACCUCCUCUAAAGACACCCUACAUCUGUGGCUGUGGUCAGCCCAGCUCUGCCCACCAAACCCUGGUUGAAACAAAAGUAGAGAGGGAGGCACGCGGUCAGCCUACAGGCAGGGAUGUUCCCUACGCUGCCAUGGGGGGGCUGACAGGCUUCAGCUCUUUGCUUGAUGGCUACCUUGCUUUGGAGGCAAAUAGCUCAGAUCAAGGCAGUAGAGAGGAUGUCUGCCAGCUGAGAUGCUCAGGAUCAAGGAUCAAAGAAACGCCUGCUAAAAACAAUUGCACUUCUAACUGUAAGAAAGGAACCCACAAUCAUUGA